UGUUCUCGGGAAAGAAUCUUCAAGUCCAUAUCAGUCACAUGGUUAGAGAUUAAAAUAGACUAAUCUUACCUUCAAUCAACUACUUUCGUCCAGUAAAGGAAGAAGAAAAAAACAAACACCAUUCAAUAAAAGACAGAAGCUUGGUGAGGAAAGAAAUUUCACAGACCCAAAUCUUCGUUUGUUGUCUUGGUGCUUUUUGGGUUAGGUCAUACAACCAAAGUGAAGCUUUACCUCUCUCUUUGUGCAAGGAAUCUUGAUAAAGUUGAUAUGGUUAUACCAAUUUGGGGUGAGAAACAUUAAUUUUUUGGAGUUUUCUCUUUUAUCUAUUCAUCUUCAAGAGGCUUAUGCGUAUCGGAACAUAAAGAACAACAGCUAAGCACAGUCUCUGAGAACUUGGGGAUUUGGUAGGAUCUGUUGGAUGCUAGAUUGAAAGAAUAAUAAAAAAAGGAAUCUUUAGGUAUGGAAGAUGAUGGUGGUGGCAACGGAGGCGAAGGAAAUGGUGGGUUUUCACCUAAUUCAAGCUUUGGGGCAUUCCCUGAGACGGCCAUGGAUUUGGAUUUCAUGGAUGAGCUCUUGUUUGAUGGAUGUUGGAUAGAGACAACAGAUAGUAAGAGCUUGAAGGAGACAGAAGAAGCUGUUUUAGCUCCUAACGCCAUGAAUGAGAGUAGCCCUUUCCUCUGCUUUGGUGAGAACCCAUCUCAAGAUGAUUUCUCCAAUCAAGAACCUUUUAAUCAGGCUGAAACAAGUUCUGAGAUAGCAGAAAAGUUUCUACUCGAAGAAGCUGAGGUGGGAAGAAGUUGGUGGAUUGCCCCAAGAGCAAAUGAAGGCCCUUCUUCAUCUGUGAAGAAGAGACUAUUACAAGCUAUAAGCGGUCUUAACGAGGCGGUGGUGGAUAAGGACUUUCUGGUACAGAUUUGGGUGCCAUUUCAGCAAGAAGGGAAGAACUUUCUUACCACUUGGGCACAGCCACAUUUGUUCAACCAAGAAUACUCUAGCCUUGCAAAAUACAGACAUGUUUCUGAGAAUUAUAAUUUCCCGGCUGAUGAGGGUUCGAAAGAUGUUGGUCUUCCCGGCCGUGUUUUCUUGCAGAAACUGCCUGAGUGGACUCCUGAUGUUCGGUUCUUUAGAAGCGAUGAAUAUCCGCGCAUCAAAGAAGCACAAAAGUGUGAUGUCCGUGGGUCUCUUGCCCUUCCUGUGUUCGAAAGAGGUAGUGGCACUUGUUUGGGUGUUGUUGAGAUCGUCACAACAACUCAGAAGAUGAAUUACGGGCCAGAACUUGAGAAUAUCUGUAAAGCUCUUGAGGCCGUAGAUCUAAGGAGUUCAAGUUACCCUCCAAGCACUGAGGUCUCUAGUGAUUUCUACAACGCUGCAUUACCUGAGAUAUCAGAUUUCUUGGCCUCAGUCUGCAGAUCAUAUGAUUUGCCUCUGGCUUUAUCAUGGGCCCCGUGUGCUCGGAAUGGGAAAGGUGGAUCCCGACAUUCCGAUGAGAACUUCUCUCAGUGCGUUUCGACAAUCGAUUCCGCUUGCUUUGUCCUCGAUGAACAGAGCAAUGAUUUUCUGAAGGCAUGCUCUGAACACCAUCUGCUCCAGGGGGAAGGCAUUGUUGGGAAAGCAUUCAAGGAAACCAAACUGUUUUUCGUGCCUGAAGUGACCACAUUCAGCAAGACUAACUACCCUCUUGCGCACCACGCAAAGAUAUCUGGACUACAUGCUGCUUUAGCGGUCCCGUUAAAGAGCAAAUGCAGUGGUUUGGUUGAGUUUGUGUUGGAAUUCUUCUUUCCAAAAUCCUGCCUUGACACUGAAGCAAAACAGGAUAUGCUCAAGUCACUGUCUGUGACUCUGCAGCAGGAUUUCAGGAGUUCAAAUCUUGUCAUUGACAAAGAUAUGGAUUUAGAAGUCGUAUUGCUUGUUAGAGAGGACAUGGUUUUCUCAGAGAACCCACUAACUGGUGCAGAAACCGCAGAGUCUUUGAGAGAGAUUCAUCUGCAAGAAUCCUCAUGGAUCUCUCACAUGAUAAAUGCAAACGAGAAAGGUAAAGGUGUGUCACUUUCUUGGGAGUACCAAAAUGAAGAUCCAAAAGAUGAAUUCAAACGCUCAUCUGGCUGGGAUAACAAUCAGCUUGAACCAACCCCCAAAGAUUUUCCUUUAGAAGCUCAGCAGUUUCAACAAGCAUCAAAUUCAGGACUCAGAGUCGACACCGGUCCAAGUACUGAAUCAGCAUCGACUGGUGGAAAUAUGUUAGGGAGUAGAAGGCCAGGGGAAAAGAGAAGAACAAAAACAGAAAAAACCAUUGGCUUGGAGGUUCUUCGACAAUACUUUGCUGGAAGCCUCAAGGAUGCAGCCAAGAGCAUUGGUGUUUGUCCAACUACCUUGAAAAGGAUAUGCAGGCAACACGGAAUAACAAGAUGGCCCUCCCGGAAAAUCAAGAAGGUUGGACAUUCGUUGAAGAAACUCCAAGUCGUUAUGGACUCUGUUCAAGGUGCGCAGGGAUCUAUCCAACUCGAUUCAUUCUAUACAAGGUUCCCAGAAUUGAGCUCCCCAAACAUGUCCAGUACCGGUCCUUCCUUGAAAAGUAAUGAACAGUUACAUCAUUUGAAUGUUUCAACCGAAAACGGUGGUUUGGCAGAGGAAAAACCAACACCAGUGUCACCAUCAUCUUCUUGCACCAAGAGCUCUGGUUCAAGCACCAAUACUGUGUAUAAUGCAAACACUCUGCAGGUUGCUGAGGAUGCUGAAAGGGUCUUAAAGAAAGCUCAUAGCGAGGCGGAACUGCAUAAUGGGAAUCAGGAGGAAACAAAAUGUCUCGCGAGAAACCAGAGCCAUAAAAUAUUCAAGGAGCCACCACUUCCUGAAAAUUUACCUCCAUUACCAGGGAGUAGCAACAAGAGCUUAAGAGCUGGAGGGACCAUUAAAGUGAAAGCAACAUUUGGUGAGGCCAGAAUACGGUUUACCUUGCUCCCGAGCUGGGGCUACAGAGAGCUGCAGCAAGAGAUCGCCAGGCGUUUUAACAUCGAUGACAUUUCCUGGUUUGAUCUUAAGUACCUGGAUGAUGAUAAGGAAUGGGUUCUUCUGACAUGUGAACCGGAUCUCGAGGAAUGCAUUGACAUUUAUAGAUCCUCGCAGAGCCAGACAAUUAAAAUAAGCCUGCAAGAAGCUUCUCAAGUCAAGCUGGGAGGUUCUUUUGGUAGCACUGGUCCAUCAUGAUAAACAAUCAAAGCAAGGUUGUAACUGCAAAGAAACAGCAAGAUUCUACUGAUUUUGUACCUCUUUUAGAAAUCUUACUUACCUUUUUAGCCUGGGUUUCGUGUAUAAACAUAUUUCAGUAUCCUGAAUACCAUUUUGCAAUUGGCAGUAGUAACUGGUCUCCUGCAUUGCCUUAACAGAUUUUUGUAUAAAAGGCGGUGCAUUCCAGAAACUUGUAUUUAUGUCUGUACAAUUAUUUUGUCUUGUUUCUUAAGCUCUGCAACUACAGGCGAUUGAA